ACUUAUAGCUGUUCUCUUCCGAAAGCUUCACCAUCUAUCAAACCCUAAUUUAUUUUUUUUUAGCAUCCAAUUGUUUCUAUCCAGCAACGCACUGUAGCACCAAAAAUACAUUGAAGAUGGUCUCGGACGCCAGCAAGAAGAAGGCAGCUCAGAAGAAGGCUUCUGCGGCUGCUAAGAGAGGUGGGAAGGCGGCCGCAGCCGCUGCAUCUUCCAAGGCGGCGGCAACCGCGAUCGCAGACAACGGCGUUGAUAAGGUUUCUGAUAAAGUUAGUAUGCUCCAGAUAUCUGAUCGGACCUGUACCGGUGUUCUCUGCUCGCAUCCUCUUUCCAGAGAUAUUCGUAUAGAGUCCUUAUCAGUUACUUUCCAUGGACACGAUCUUAUUGUUGAUUCAACUCUGGAGCUUAACUAUGGCAGGCGCUAUGGUUUGCUUGGAUUAAAUGGUUGUGGGAAAUCCACGCUGCUGACUGCAAUAGGAUUGCGAGAACUUCCGAUUCCGGAGCACAUGGAUAUUUAUCAUCUCACGAGGGAGAUUGAAGCUUCGGACAUGUCUGCUUUGGAGGCUGUCAUGAGUUGUGAUGAAGAGAGGUUGAAAUUGGAGAAAGAAGCAGAAAUGUUGGCAGCACAGGAUGAUGGUGGUGGAGAGCAACUUGAACGCAUUUAUGAGCGGUUAGAUGCAUUGGAUGCAGCAACUGCUGAGAAACGUGCUGCUGAAAUCCUAUUUGGUCUUGGUUUUGACAAGAUGAUGCAGGCAAAGAAAACACAAGAUUUCUCUGGUGGUUGGAGAAUGAGGAUUGCAUUAGCACGUGCCCUAUUCAUUAAUCCAACCAUUCUUCUCCUUGAUGAACCCACCAAUCAUUUAGAUUUAGAAGCUUGUGUCUGGUUGGAAGAAAAUUUGAAGAAAUUUGAUCGUAUCCUUGUUGUGAUCUCCCAUUCCCAGGAUUUCCUGAAUGGAGUCUGUACAAAUAUUAUCCAUAUGCAGAGCAAAACUCUUAAGUUGUACACUGGGAACUAUGAUCAGUAUGUUCAAACUCGUGCUGAGUUGGAGGAGAACCAGAUGAAACAGUACAAAUGGGAGCAGGAACAGAUUGCUUCAAUGAAGGAGUACAUAGCUCGCUUUGGUCAUGGGUCGGCAAAACUAGCUCGACAGGCACAAAGUAAAGAAAAAACAUUGGCAAAGAUGGAACGAGGUGGACUCACGGAGAAGGUAGCCAGGGAUAAGGUUCUGGUCUUUCGAUUUGUUGAUGUUGGAAAACUUCCUCCACCUGUACUGCAGUUUGUGGAAGUGGCUUUUGGGUAUACACCUGAUAGUCUCAUCUACAAGAACUUGGACUUUGGGGUAGACUUGGACUCGAGGAUAGCACUAGUUGGGCCUAAUGGAGCGGGGAAGAGUACACUGCUGAAACUGAUGACUGGUGAAUUGACUCCCACUGAUGGUAUGGUCCGACGCCAUAAUCAUCUCCGAAUUGCACAAUACCAUCAGCAUUUGGCAGAGAAACUCGACAUGGAAAUGUCUGCGCUCCAAUACAUGAUAAAAGAGUACCCUGGAAAUGAGGAGGAGAAAAUGAGAGGUUCAAUCGGGAAGUUUGGAUUGACAGGGAAAGCACAAGUGAUGCCAAUGAAGAACCUAUCUGAUGGACAGAGGAGUCGGGUCAUCUUUGCAUGGUUAGCGUUUCGACAACCCCACUUACUGCUGCUGGAUGAACCCACUAACCAUUUGGAUAUUGAGACAAUAGAUUCGCUGGCCGAGGCAUUGAAUGAGUGGGAUGGUGGCAUGGUACUAGUGAGUCAUGAUUUCCGGCUGAUAAACCAGGUAGCUGAGGAGAUUUGGGUGUGUGAAAAUCAAGCUGUAACACGGUGGGGAGGUGACAUUAUGGACUUCAAGCAGCAUCUCAAGAGUAAAGCUGGUUUAUCUGAUUGAAACAAGCAUUAAUUAAAAGCAUGUCUUUCAAUUUAUAGUUGCCACCUCUCUUGUGGUGGUGGCCGAGUAAUCUAUAUAGCCUACCUAUGGAGCCAGGGGUAGCGAGGGGCUUUUGUUAUUGUUCGAAGCCAUCAGUGUUCGUGGCUUAUUUUUUUAACCUUCUCGGGGUUCUGUUCACCGAGGGUUUAUUUGUUUUGGGGUUUAAAAAGCUUUAUAGAGGCUUUGUGCUGGUGAGUCGGUCGGAUCCAUACAUAUAUUUUUUUAACAUUCCUAAGCUGUAUUUCGAGUUUUCAUUCGUUUCUUA